AAGUUUUUGUUUCCUCGUCUGUCAGCUCGGUCAAGGUGCGAGCGUCCAGGCUCACCUUAUUGUUUUCCUCACAAAUACGUGGCUUUCAUCAGUACUAUAUGACAUUCCCUUCGUGGACACCAGACCUCUAAUCGAGGACAGCCUUUUUUUUACACGACCCGUGCAGCCAUGGAGCACCUGGCUGUGGAUGAUGACAUCUGCAUCCUAAAACACGAGACAGCCUACACUGCUGCUGGAGAGAGCCCUGUAUCUGUGUGUGCUGGUGAUGAAUCUGUGGCUUCUCAUUUCGCUCUUGUCACAGCCUAUGAAGACAUUAAAAAGCGACUGAGAGAGACUGAGCGAGAUAAUACUUUCCUCAGGAAACGAGUCAAGCAGCUAGAGGAUAAGCUCUUCCGGCCCGAAGCUUCAGAGGGUCCCCAGUAUGUGAACAAGGCCUUCAGUGCAUAUCGAGGCAUCUAUAUUGAAAAGGAGGACCUGCAGAUGGAGCUUAACAAACUGAAAAAGGAGAAGAGUGAGAGUGAGAGACUGCUGACAGAGCAGCUUCAAUGCAAAGAGCUCGAGCUGCUUCAGCUUAGGACUGAGAUGGAAACCAGCCAAGUGAUGAAGAGCUUGAAUAGUCCUCAGGACUACUGGCAGAUGGACUGUAUCAGUGCUGAGCAAAAGAUCCUUAAACUUCAGGAGGAGCUGGAAAGGUUGACCCUGGAAAACAGGAGACAGCUGGAAAUGAGUGGGGAGGAACCAUGUGGCCUAAAUGGACCAAACUUGGAACAGAUGUGUGACGACAAGUUCAAUUGCAGGGAGAGGAGCGUGCAGCAAGCAUAUAAAGCUUUGUGUUCUGAGUUCGCUCGUGUCCAUUCAGGGCUGAGACACCAAAAAAGCCUGAUUCAGAAGCUCAGACCAUUGAUCAGUGAAACAAGACAAGUUCCAAUACAGUGUCUGGAAGAAAUUGAGACAAAUCAUCAUGCAGUUCUUCGGGCAUCAGUACCUCGACUCCCCGGUGCCCCCCCUCUGCCCUCUUGUUCUGGCCGCCCGUGUCCUCCCGUUGGUGGCCCGACCAGCACCCAACUCCCAGACAUUUUGAGAGAGGACUGCUGGUACAAUGGCCCGUGGCCAACACAGCAGUGCUCUGAAGAGGCUUUGGUCGGGAAUGAGACCUCCUCUGUCGUUUUGCCCCCACCGCCUCUUAAUCAGGCCUCCAUAGAUGACAGCUCCAGGUCCUUCCCCAGUCCUCCCAAACCUAGUGACGCCCUUUUCUGGGAGGGACACUCAGCCGCAUCGAAUUCAUCAUCCUUGAUUGGAAACUGCAGUCCAAGGAGCCCUUCCAGUACAGAAUGGAUCAAACCCUUUUGAGGGAAACUUAAUUGUUAUGACAGUGACUUUGUAGCCUGCCACAUAGUUAGCACCUAAUCUGCCUUAAAUUAAAAAUAACGCUUUUCUGUGGGCUGGACUAGAUCUGAUUUGCAAAUCGUGGGACCCAGAUGCAGGCCUGAGGAGGUAAAGACUUUUAUUGCGUCCAACACUGAUGACCGUAUACCACAGUAGAGACUACGCUGAUGAAGGACCACUCAAGGGCCCAGUUGUUCAAUGUACAGUGGAUAUAAAAAGUCCACACAGCCCAUCCAAAUGCUAAAACUUGUUGAGCACUACAGUUAUAUCAAAUUCGAGCUCAUGUUAAAUUUCAAGUGCAUCCCCAAAUAGUUCAGCUGUUUUAGCAGGCUUUUGUAUAAUUUUCAAAGAUCGUUUCGUUUCAUCUUACAGUUGCAGCCAUUUAUCUCAUAUGGUAUAGGUCAUUUAAAAGGGUGUUCAGACUUAUUAUGUCCACUGUAUGUAUGUGCCUUUGUACUCAGUUUGAGUUCUCUGCAUUCUGCCUGUUCGCAACGCAUUGUGUGACCAUCCCUGGCCCAGUAUGCUAAAAUAUCAUUAGCAAUCUAAUUAAACAAAAGCCUCUGAAACAGGGCCAACAAGUCUAAGUGCGUAUGUUUAAUCUCUAUACACAAUAGCAUCAUCAUUGCGUGGAGGUGUUUAGGAAUGAGGCUUCAAUGUGCUGGCAUUUUGUGCAGUGAUGGAAAUAGUCUUUCUCAUAAAAUACUGAACAUCUUGGUCAGUUCAUAGACAUUACGUUGUUCGGUAAACUUCAAGAGGAUAUCAUUUGUCACUUUACUCCUCUGCUAAUCCAAAAACUGGUUAGAUUACAUGAAAAGGGGAGGGGGGAAUGCUCAAAUAUUAAUAAAACACCGAAUUUCAAUUUCUCUGAAAUAGCCUCAUUACCUGCAUUGUGUUUACAUUCUUUCUGGCAGUAUUACUGACCAAGAAAUGCUGAUAACAUAUUAAUGUAGGAUGUGCAUUUAUAGUUUUUUUUUUCUGACAGACUUGUAUGCUCUAUGUUGAAAGUUAGAUUUAACGGGAGCUAUUGAAUCUCGGUGUAAUUACACCCUGUGCUGCGCUUGAUGUAUAUUUAUGAUGUGUUUUGCAUUAUAAAGGCUGUUGGCCUUCUUUAUGUAAGUGUAAGGUGAACGUCAAGUAUUCUGAACUCCACAGAAGGGAUAAUGUAUUUAGUUCUGUAAAUGAAACGUUUUAUGAUGGGUUAUUACAGUUUUGCACUAACACCAACACGUUCAGUGUAUGAAUGUUGACUUGUUCUUAAUACCUGCUGUAAACUCAAGACGAGUGAUCAGAAAUGUGAACAAAGUGUUGAGGAAAGGGCGAAAGGUUAGUCAUAAAGGUUUGUCCUUAUUCUUUUGUCAACUGGCAACUAGCAAUUUUACAGCAUCCUUCCCUUUUUCUGUAAACUAUGUCCAAACCAAAAUGCAAUGUACAGUAGAUAACUAUUUUAGAUUUACUGCACUUAAGUUUGUAAAUACAAUUGACUAGAGAUGAAAAGUGACUAAACUUUUUUGUUUUGUUACCAAACCGUACGAAGUGUAAAGAGCUUUAACUUAAGACAAUUAUAACCAGACUAAACUGUAAAUGAUGGUGUGAAUAGUCAAAGGUGAUAUAGACAUCUGAAUUUUUGCUAUCAUUUAAAGCAACACGAGGUAACCUUUCAACCUUUAUAAAAUAUUUUUGUAACAUUUGUGAUAUGUCAACUGACAACUAGUUGAAUGACACCUCUUUCAUAUCUUGAGGGAUCUGUACUGCCACUAAAUUUUGAGGGUGACAGGAACGCUGCAACACAAAACACAAAUGUGCUGAGUCCUAUAAGGCAUACGUCACUUUCCCCUUUCAAUAUAAAGUCAGAGGUCGAUGCGAACGCUUUUGCGCAAAUUCUGCAAAGAUGGCAGAGCAACGAGAGAUGAAAUGUUUUGUCCGAGGAGACAAAAGGACACUGAAGAAUAAACAUUGGUUGGGCUUUCACUCGUUUGCGUGACCCUACCAACCGAACUCGUCAGUGCUGAUGAGGGCGGAGGGACGGUUGGGGUUUAUGGUACAAAAUCAAAUGUUUCUUAUUUUAAACAUCGUAUGCUAUUGUUUAGCCACAACUGGAUCAUUACCUCAUUACUAUUCAUCCUUUAAACAGUCACUGGAAACAAAUGUCAUUCAAUCCAUCUGCAGGCGACCGGGAGAUCAGGACUUUACGAAACUGCACUGGUCCUCAUUGGAAACUCGUCUUCCUUAGGGCAAAACACUGUUUUUGUCCACCUGCAUUUCUAAAAUCGACCAAAACUAAAAAGUUACCUACCGUUGCUUUAAUGAUUUUUAGUACUUAUUUUUACAUCCUGCAAGUCAAUGUAUGUGUAUUUAAGGUAAAAUCAUUUUACAGCAGGAUAACGUUCCAUAAAAUGGUGCCAAAACAGAAGCAUAAAAGCUAUGGACAGUUUUUAUUAUCAGUGAUGUCGUUUUACACAGACAAAAAGAGAAAAAACACCUCCUUAAAAACAGAAGGUAAUUUUUGUUAUGAUAAAUAGAGUUUGUAGCUGUCUGAAUAGACUCUUUCUCUCCUCAAUAGUCACUAUGAACUGAACCUAGAACAUCCACAAUCAAGAAAAGAACAAUCAAAUCUGUCAUGCAUUAGUUACAUGCUGGUCGGGAUCUUUUGUUGUCUAUUCUUUGCUGGGAUCCCCGUCUUCUCAUACUCCAUUUUUUCCUGGAUGUAUUCUUGUUUACAAAUUUCGAAAAAUUCUGGGUCCUUGUAACUGGUAAAAGACAAAAGGCAAAACGAAUAAUAUAUUCAUAAAAAUCCUUCUAAAAGUGAUUUAAUGGAACGUAAACUUAAAGGUCAUGUGUGUAAAAUUUUUAAUAACAAAAGUGUAUCCACAGUGUGAUAAAUUGAUAAGUACUCACUGUUGUGUCAGACAGUCCUUCAGGGCGGCGUUCUCCUCUCGACACUUGAACACCAUGAAAAAGCCUGAUUCUUUGCAGCAAUGGUUGAAAGCUGGGCAGAAGAGGUGUCAGAGUGGGACGUUAGAAGUAAUCAGAACUUGAAAUUUAAACAUGCGGGACUCUCAAAUUUUAACCAUCAUGACUAAGUUUUUCCUCUACUGUAUUUGUGUGUCAGACCACCAAAUAUACGGUAAACCCAAUAAAGACCCUCAUAAACCUGACCAAAUUUAAGUUAGAGGCACGAAAGUUAUUUUUCUAAUAUUUUGAACUGUCUCUUACAUAAGAUAGGUCGAGAUGGGAGAGUGCCCUGGUUGUAGUGUGUUAUCUGUGUAGUUUUUUUUUGUUUGACUGCAAUCUCGUUUAGAAGUCGUUCUACAAAACGGUAGGUUUUGAAAUUGGUCACGGUGUAACGUCACAUCAUGCCUUAUUAGCCAAAAAUUGUACUCAUGUAAGAGUAGCAUCAUUUCAAAAUGAUAUUACUCAAGUAAAAGUACUCAUCAAAAAUUGUACUCAAGUACAAGUAAAAAAAAGUAUCCAGUUCAAAGAAUACUGAAGUAAUGAGUAACAUUGUGACUAACUGCUUAUUUAGGGCCCAAGCACUAAGCGUGCGAAGGCUCAAUUGUAAUGCAAAUGUUUAUUAUUUUUUCUUUUUUUAAUGGCAAAUGAAAAUGGCCAUUUUGAAGGCCUGAAAAUGCUCGAAAACUCACCAAAAUUUGCACAUGCAUGUGACUUUAUUUUGUUUUGUUUUUUAAACAAUGUUUUUUUUUUUCCCUCAGCACAAAUUUAUCGAUGUAAACUGUUGUUAUAAUGAUACUGUACAAUAAGUCAUUACAGAAAUACGAAAAAAAUAAAAUACAAUAAAAACCAUUGAAUUCCCGCUAGACAAAAAAAAAAAAAAGAAAAAAAAAGAAAUGAAGCAUUAUUCGUCCAAAGAGCAUGAGUGCUCUCUAGUGGUAAAAAAUACUCCCUAGUUUGAAUUGCUCCUUCAUAGUUACUUUUAUGAAAUUAAAAGGAUCUUAUCUCCAGUUUUCAGUGGUCAGUCGGUGUCAAAUAAUUAGAACGAAAAGGAUAAAGAUUUUAUCUACUACACACCAAACCACAAAGGGGCUUCAGUGCCUUAUAAAGGAUAAAUAUAUAUGGCGGAAAACACUCAGGUGACUUGAAGUUCCGCUCUGAGACCCCCAAUUUGGCCAACUUUCAAAAUUGUCCAAUAUGCACGUGUGAUACAUCAUUGGAAAGCUUAAAACCUCAAUUUUCUGAGGGAAUAAAAAUUUUGAACAGGAGGGCAUUUAAAAAAAAUUUUUUUUUUUAAACAGCAAAACCCUAUCUGGAGGUGACAGCACGCGAGAGCAGAAUUACAGACGGCAUGUCUUUAUCGAGAUAUUAUCGAGAACUUACCUUUUUUCGAUCCAAAAACUCUAUGUAGCAUGUAUCAUGGAGUGUCAAGAUACAGGUGUGAAUGACCACAGCCGGAUUUUUUUUUAGAUUUUAUGAGUGAAACAUGGUAAUAUAACAAGGGCCGCAAUGCAGAAAUCGCAGACAUCAAGGAGUGGUUGAGAUUUUCCUUUUCAUAUAUUUACCCUUUUAAACCUAUUAUUUAUCAUCUAACAUAUUGGAGAAAAUGCCACAGUAACAAAAAAAAAAAAAAAAUACAAUUAAGCGAUAGUUUUGAGGUAGAUAUCCGUGACUAUUUUACAGAUGCCAUUUUUUUCAUUGUGACAAUUUGUUUAAAA